GCUUUCAAAGCACCUGUUUUCCCCGCUGCAGGGGAAGGAGAUGUGAGAGUGUGUCAGUGUCUCGUGUGAGAUGUAAACAUCUCCUCCCCCGCUGCAAGGGCUGCAGAAGCGCAUCUCUAGCGUCGUGUGGAGCGGGACAAAAUGGAGCCUGAUUGAACGUGAGAGCAGGCGGAAGAAAGGCAGCAGCGGCAGAGGGAGGGCGUUUGCUCUCAGCGAACAGCACAACUCAGCUGCUGCAGUCAAGGCAUCAAUUUUGUAUAGGCGGUGAGUGCGGUGCCAGAGCGUUCCCCUCCGUUUACCGCUGACCAUGGAGAGCCGCUCGCGCCUCGCUCGAGCGCGGAGAGAGUGAUGGGGGGCGAUACGAGCCGUCUCUAUAGGCAUGUCCGCGUCCGAUUCUAGUGCAGCGCUGCUCAGCUGCAAGAGUUCUGCUGAUUCCUACACGAGUAGACCAUCGGAUUCCGACCUGUCCCUGGAGGAGGACAAGGAGGCGUCUCGGCGUGAGGCCGAGCGCCAGGCCCUGCUCCAGCUCGAGAGAGCCAAGACCAAACCUGUGGCGUUUGCAGUGAGAACCAAUGUCAGCUACUGCGGGGCUCUCGAUGAAGACUGUCCGGUUCAGGGUGCUGCCAUCAACUUUGAAACCAAAGAUUUUCUACACAUAAAAGAGAAGUAUAAUAAUGACUGGUGGAUCGGGAGGCUGGUGAAGGAGGGGGCAGAUAUUGCCUUCAUCCCCAGCCCUGUUAAACUGGAGGCCAUGCGGAUCAAGCAGGAACAGAAAGCAGCCCAGAGGAAAAUGGGUGGAAAUGCUUCAUCUGGCGGCUGGAGGUCUACUCCUCCUUCUGCAGCCAAACAGAAGCAGAAGCAGACGGAGCAUGUUCCACCCUAUGAUGUAGUUCCAUCCAUGAGGCCUGUUGUUUUGGUCGGCCCCUCGCUGAAAGGCUAUGAGGUGACCGAUAUGAUGCAGAAAGCCUUGUUUGACUUCCUGAAACACAGGUUUGAUGGGAGGAUUUCUAUCACACGGGUGACUGCAGAUCUGUCUCUGGCCAAGAGGUCUGUACUGAACAAGAAAGCUAUCAUGGAGAGGUCAAACACACGCUCCAGUCUAGCCGAGGUGCAGAGUGAGAUUGAGAGAAUAUUUGAACUGGCUAAAAGCCUGCAGUUGGUGGUCUUGGAUGCAGAUACUAUCAACCACCCUGCACAGCUUCUCAAGACCUCCCUCGCCCCCAUCAUUGUCUACGUCAAAGUGUCCUCUCCAAAGGUUCUUCAAAGACUCGUUAAAUCCAGAGGGAAAUCUCAAAGCAAACAUCUCAACGUGCAAAUGAUGGCUGGAGAUAAACUAGCUCAGUGCCCACCAGAAAUGUUUGAUGUUAUACUGGAUGAGAAUCAGUUAGAGGAUGCCUGCGAACACCUGGCCGAAUAUUUAGAUAUAUACUGGCGUGCCACCCACCUGCCAGGCUCCGCCCCCCUGAACCCUCUAGUGGAGCAAAAUGUAGUUACACCACCCUCCGCCAACUCCAGCCAACAGUUCUCAGAGACACAGGAGCUAAUUGAAUGAGCACUACCACGAAUUAGGAGUGAUAAAGAACAUUCCAGAAAGACCCCCAGAAUAUUCCUCAAAGGCCAGCCACUCACUGCCCCAGAAUGAGAUGGGGCUCGGAGCAGCUGCCCCCGAUGAGAAAGAGGAGGAACGGAGGGAUGGAGAAAGAGAUGAGGGCCAGCGGAGAAGUGGACCAAUCCCAGCCUCACUGACAGUGACAACACACUCUCCUGCACUAACACAUGUGUCGUCCUUUACAUCUCAGGACCACUCUGCUGCAGGCCUUAAGCCAACACACACACAUACACAGGUAUACACACAUUCAACUGGUCUGAAUGUUCCUGCAUAGCCCCACGCUGAGAUCAACAGGGGUUUCCCAGCCCCUUGGUGAUGCCGUCUGUCUGCCAGGUUCUGCCAGCCUGACUCUGGCACCGGCAUCAGAGCAUCCAUACCAUGCCUCACAAAGAAGGGCACCACAUGCCACUAACAUCUCUCUCCCUCAAUCUCCACCUCCUGCAUCGCUUUUGGUUAGUUUUCAAGGCCUUUUGCACAAUACACUUCAUUUUAAUCAUUCGUCAAAUACAGUUCACUCAUAAUUAAUAACCCAAAUGGCUUUAUGUAGCACAACCCUCGAAUAACUAAUCUAUAUACUGAAACCACACAUUUUUGUUUUCUGUUAUAUCCUGUUCCAUUUUUCUUGUGUAUUUUCGUCCACCGGAAAUCUUGUCCAAUCAACAAGUAACUCAUCAGUAUUUACAACCACACUGCACUAAUAUCACCCUUUCAGAUCAAUGAAAAGCAGACCACAUGAAUGUUUGUACAUCUUUUGCCUAGAUCUCAGUAUUGCACUAAACAGCAUAUUAUACAACAUAUUAUUUAUUUUGUCCAACAGUGGUUCUCAACUGAGACCUCACAGGCCUGUUCUGAUUGAACACGUGAUAAAACUAUGCUAAAUGCACAGAGUAUAUUGCAACUAAUGUUAUAACAACGCAAAGUCAGGGUGAUAAUACUCGUUCAGUUUUAAAAGGAGAAUGCUGAUUCACCUUUAACCAGGUAAAUUAGGUGGAUGCCAACAUAGAUGACAAACUGAAAGAAUAUCACCCCAAAUAUAUUAAACUUAAUUUGUAUUGAAACAAAACAUGGUUUGUGUCCCCGUGUUUUAUGAGCUAUUCAUUUUGUUUAUUAUUUGUAACUACAGUUGAAUUCAUAUUUUUUUUAUAUAAAUACAUUUUAAUAUUUGAAUUUAAGAGUUUCUUUUGUGCAAUAAACUAUUUUGGUGCUGUGUUAGGUCAAAUAAAACCAGUUGAGAACCUCUGCUCUAUACUAAUGUUGGAACUACAGCGACAUCUAGUGGUUUUGUUUGAAACCAUAAAAGUUACACCCUUGCAAACAUCUGUCUUCACACAAUUAUAACUACAUAACCAUACCAUUAAUUAAAUGACAACGGUGAGAUGUGUAACGGUAUAAAGACGCAUUGCUUCAGAAUCACUAAAUAUCCUUUUCUGCAUUUUGAGAAUCACAAAACGCUGAUACAAAUUCCUAAUAUUUAGUUUUUAUCUUAACAAUCAGCACUUAUUUGCAUGAUAAGUGACGGUCUUGCUGACAUAUCUGCUGCUGUAAUUGUUGAGUUUUGCUUGCUGCUGUUCUUCCGUGCAAUAACGAAAUCAUUUACAAAGAUUAUCACACUUAAUGAAUGACUCAUGUCUUAUUUGCAAGACAAUCUCUUAACUAAAUGAUCACUAAUUUACUCUUUGCAUACAUACACAUGCAGUCUCAUUGUACAUUCAAGCUAAUCAUGACUAUGCAUGACACAAUCAGGCAUUUGUAGAAAUAAACAGCACUGUAAACUGAAUAGGGAGAUGCAAUUGACAUAAAAUCAUAUAAACAAUCACAAACAUCUGCUUGAGUAUAUACAGUUUCCACAUUAAAAUUCAUUUCCCUCAUCUAUCUAUAUAUAUAUAAAUGCACAAACAAAUGGCUUUCUAUUUGUUUAAGGUGUACAUAUAUAUUAUUAUUUACAUAUAUUGAACAAAAAUGUUAUUUGGGACCAUGUUGAAUCUUCUGUCGAUUUUUAAAUCACUGCAUAUGAAAAGCAACAAACAAGAGACGCAAAGUUUCAAGAGGCUUCAAAGCACAAUGAGCUCUUCCCAACUGAAAAUAUGCUUGAUAUCUUUCGAGGUGAUUUGUACAUAGUCAAGAACUAUGUCUUUGGGUCUCCAAAGUAUAUUUUCAAGGCUAGUUGCGUAUUUUAUUAGAUAUUUAUGUUGUCUCUAUCACAAUAUACUGUACUGUAUGCAACACUGGAGGAAGUAGGCAGACAAUGGCUUGGACUGAAAAAGGUCUAUCACCGAAUAAAGGGAAAUCAAUACGAUUGCACUAUUUUGGUUUUGUGUUUGAGGUUUUCUUUUGGUUUACAAUGCAAUAAAUGCACUAAGUGUGUAAACCCUCUUCCAGUAGUUCAUUUAUCAUAUUGUACUAAUGUGACAACACUGACCCAGCACUAAGUCUAAAAAAUAAAUUUAAAAAAAAGUGUACAUCUGAUGCUGAGCAGAACUAUUGUGUGCUCUGGGGAAGAAAUAAAUAAUGUAAAAGAAAAUAAAAAAGAAAAAGAAUGGUC